AUGGCCCCCAACCAUGAGGAGGUUUCCAACCUUGCGCAUAUAUUGAACAACUUUGGCAAUGUCACCGGCCUCUUCACUAACUUCGAGAAGAGCCUUGUGGCACCUAUCCGGUGCAACGAGGUGGACCUUAUACAUGUUCUACAACACCUUCCGGCUACUACCACGACCUUCCCAAUGAAAUAUCUUGGGCUCCCUCUUGCGGUCAAGCGCCUCAAAAGAUCUCAUUUCCAAUACAUCGAAGACAAAGCGGCGGCGCGCCUCGCGCCUCUCUAUGGAAGAUAUUUCAACAACGCCGGGAGGAUGGCACUUGUCAAAUCGGUCCUCUCCUCUCAAGCCAUCUACCCCCUCACAGCCCUUGAGGUACACUCUGCUGCAAAUUUGUUGGAUAAGAAUAAUUUGGUGAAGUAUGACAGGAAAACAGGAUACUUUCAGGUUACUGACCUUGGAAGGAUUGCCAGUUAUUACUAUAUUAGUCAUGGGACUAUUUCGACAUAUAAUGAGUAUCUCAAGCCCACAAUGGGUGAUAUUGAGCUCUGUCGCCUGUUCUCCCUGAGUGAAGAGUUCAAGUAUGUUAGUGUCAGGCAAGAUGAGAAAAUGGAGCUGGCAAAACUUUUGGAUCGUGUGCCAAUUCCUGUAAAAGAGAGUCUGGAGGAGCCCAGUGCAAAGAUUAAUGUUCUGCUGCAAGCAUAUAUAUCUAGGCUGAAAUUGGAGGGCCUCUCUCUUGGUUCUGAUAUGGUCUACAUCAGACAGAGUGCUGGACGCCUCUUACGAGCACUAUUUGAGAUAGUUUUGAAGAGAGGAUGGGCUCAAUUAGCGGAGAAGGCUCUCAAUCUUUGCAAGAUGAUUGAUAAGCAGAUGUGGAGUGUCCAAACACCCUUGCGCCAGUUUCCUGGUAUUCCAAAGGAAAUCCUGAUGAAACUGGAGAAAAAAGAGUUGGCUUGGGAGAGGUACUAUGACCUAUCAUCACAGGAAAUCGGUGAGCUAAUUCGUUUCCCAAAGAUGGGGAAGCAGCUGCACAGGUGCAUCCACCAGUUACCAAAGUUGAACCUGUCUGCCCAUGUUCAACCUAUUACUCGCACAGUUUUGGGUUUUGAAUUGACAAUAACACCUGAUUUCCAGUGGGAUGAUAAGGUACAUGGAUAUGUUGAGGCCUUUUGGGUUAUAGUUGAGGACAAUGAUGGCGAGUACAUUCUUCACCAUGAGUACUUCAUGCUUAAGAAGCAGUAUGUGGAUGAAGAUCACACACUUCACUUUACAGUGCCAAUAUAUGAGCCAUUGCCUCCUCAGUAUUUUAUACGUGUUGUGUCUGACAAGUGGCUUGGUUCACAGACAAUUCUUCCUGUCUGUUUUAGGCACUUGAUUCUUCCAGAAAAAUAUGCUCCUCCAACUGAAUUGCUUGAUCUGCAACCGCUACCUGUUACUGCAUUGAGGAAUGCACGAUAUGAAGGUCUUUAUAGUGCUUUUAAACAUUUCAACCCCAUCCAGACUCAAGUGUUCACUGUCCUGUAUAACAGUGAUGACAGUGUGUUGGUUGCUGCGCCAACAGGCAGUGGCAAGACAAUAUGCGCAGAAUUUGCUAUACUAAGGAACCAUCAGAAGGCAGUAUCUGGGGAAACUAACAUGCGGGUUGUGUAUAUAGCUCCUAUUGAGGCUCUUGCGAAAGAAAGAUUCAGGGACUGGUCAAAGAAAUUUGGAGAAUUUGCCCGUGUAGUGGAGCUAACUGGUGAAACUGCAGCUGAUUUGAAGCUUCUUGACAAAGGGGAGAUCAUUAUUAGUACUCCUGAAAAGUGGGAUGCACUUUCUCGACGCUGGAAGCAGCGAAAGCACAUCCAACAAGUCAGCUUAUUUAUUGUUGACGAGCUUCAUUUAAUUGGAUCUGAAAAGGGACAUGUCCUGGAAGUCGUUGUUUCUCGGAUGAGGCGUAUUUCAAGCCAUAUUGGCAGUAACAUCCGGAUUGUGGCGCUUUCAGCAUCACUUGGAAAUGCUAAAGAUCUUGGAGAAUGGAUCGGUGCCACCUCUCAUGGUCUUUUCAACUUCCCUCCAGCAGUGCGGCCAGUUCCAUUGGAAAUACAUAUUCAGGGUGUGGAUAUAGCAAAUUUUGAGGCAAGAAUGCAAGCAAUGGCAAAGCCUACAUACACUGCUAUCACACAACAUGCAAAGAGUGGUAAGCCUGCCCUGGUGUUUGUACCGACACGUAAGCAUGCAAGGUUGACUGCAUUGGACCUGUGUGCAUACUCAAGUGCUGAGGCUGGUGGAACGCCAUUCCUUCUUGGGUCGACAGAUGAGAUGGAUACUUUUAUUGGAGGUGUCAAUGAAGAAACACUUCAAAAUACACUGAGAUGCGGUGUGGGCUACUUGCAUGAGGGCCUUAGUGACCUUGACCAGGAACUUGUAACCCAGCUUUUCCUUGGUGGGAGGAUCCAAGUGUGUGUUGCAAGUAGCACAAUGUGCUGGGGGAGAUCGUUGCCUGCUCAUCUAGUUGUUGUGAUGGGAACCCAAUAUUAUGAUGGCAGGGAGAGUGCUCAUACUGAUUAUCCAAUCACUGAUCUGCUACAGAUGAUGGGUCACGCUAGCAGGCCUCUUCAGGAUAGCUCCGGGAAGUGUGUUAUAUUGUGCCAUGCACCUCGGAAGGAAUACUACAAGAAGUUCCUCUUUGAGGCCUUCCCUGUGGAGAGUCAUCUUCACCAUUUCUUGCAUGACCAUAUGAAUGCUGAGGUUGUUGUCGGCGUUGUAGAAAACAAGCAAGAUGCCGUGGACUAUCUUACCUGGACUUUCAUGUACCGGCGGCUGAACAAGAACCCUAACUACUACAAUCUGCAGGGUGUAAGUCACAGGCAUCUGUCAGAUCAUCUUUCUGAGCUAAUUGAGACAGUGUUGAAUGACCUAGAAUCAAGCAAGUGUGUAUCUGUAGAGGAGGAUAUGUACCUGAAGCCGCUCAACCUUGGUCUCAUUGCUGCAUACUACUACAUUAGCUACACGACUAUUGAACGGUUCAGUUCGAUGCUCACUCAGAAGACGAAGAUGAAAGGCCUCCUGGAAAUUCUAGCUUCUGCAUCAGAGUAUGCAGAGCUUCCAACUCGCCCAGGUGAAGAAGAAUAUAUUGAGAGGCUAGUCCGUCACCAGAGAUUUUCUAUUGACAAGCCCAAGUAUGGUGAUCCACACGUGAAGGCCAACGCUCUACUGCAAUCCCACUUUGCAAGGCACACGGUGGUAGGGAACCUGGCAGCUGACCAGCGGGAGAUCCUCCUUUCUGCCCACAGAUUGCUCCAGGCAAUGGUUGACGUUAUCUCCAGCAGUGGAUGGCUCACUCUUGCUCUGAAUGCAAUGGAGUUGAGUCAGAUGGUGACCCAAGGCAUGUGGGAUCGUGACUCUGUGCUGCUCCAGCUUCCACACUUCACCAAGGACCUAGCCCGGAGAUGCCUGGAAAACAAAGAGAAGCCCAUCGAGAGCAUCUUUGAUCUGGCUGAGAUGAGUGCUGACGAGAUGCGGGAUCUGCUGCAGCUAUCGAACUCUCAGCUGCAGGACAUCGGCGAAUUCUUCAAACGGUUCCCCAACGUCGACAUGGCUUAUGAGGUCCGCGAGGGCGACGACAUCAGGGCUGGCGACAACGUAACCUUGCAGGUCACUCUGGAGCGUGACAUGGCGAACCUGCCAUCUUCUGAGGUUGGCCCGGUCCACGCCCCCAGGUUCCCGAAGCCCAAGGAGGAAGGCUGGUGGCUGGUGGUCGGUGACGCCUCUGGCUCCACCAAGCAGCUGCUGGCGAUUAAGAGGGUCGCCCUCCAGAAGAGGGCACGUGUGAAGCUUGAGUUCACCGCCGCCGCGGAGCCAGGGAGGAAGGACUACAUGAUCUACCUGAUGUCCGACUCCUACCUGGGCUGUGACCAGGAGUACGAGUUCACCGUCGACGUGAAGGAUGCUGGAGCAGAUUGAUUCUGAAGACAGGGAACUUUUCUUUGUAGCGUUUUGAUCUUGAUGCAGAAACUAUUUACUAUUGCCUGUGUGUAAUAACUGAAGUUCAGCUUAAUUCAGUGUAACUGAGGUGCACGUGUGCAUGACAGACUAUGAGCUCCUUGUCCUUGUGUUUUUGUAUGCAUCUGUUUACGACUUUUGCCUGAGUUUCCAGUUGACUCGGUUACAGAAAGCUCAAUGUAAAAAAGUGUCUUAAAUUUAAA